CAGAUAAUGACAGAAAGGCGGCAAGAUAAUAAGAAAAUGACCAAGUUAUCAGGACUGGAAACAUUUUUAGUGGAUCCAGAAGCUUUGGCAUCAGAGCUACAAAAGAAGUUCGCUUGUAGUGCAACUGUGGCAGAACUACAAGGUGAGAAGGGGCUGGAGGUUCUGGUUCAAGGUGGAGUGAUUGAGAAUCUAGCAAAACACUUGAUUGACACAAUAUGGGAUCCCAAAGAGAUACAUUGAGGUUCUUGACAAAACCAGGAGAUGAGAGGUUGAGAAAGAGGGUUCGAGCCUGCUGGCAACAACAAAACAAAUGCGGUGGGCCCCAGCUGACUUGGAUCGCAUUGUGACUGACUGGUGAAGUCUGAAGACCGGAGUCUCCUCCUGCUAAAGUCUUUCACGAUCUAGAUGACUAGAUCUAUCCUCACCCAUUUCUUUCCGCUAGUCUCUCUCUAAUCUACACUUGUCGAUCUCAGUCACUCCCUUGCUUGCUUCUCGAUCUUUUUAUAUUUUCUGUUCAAGUACUGCUGCUACGUGAUUCCCAUAUUUGAACUCUGAACCGCAACUUCAAAUUGACCCCAAACUCAGGACAGUAGGUUCAAUUGGAAAUGAGCACAGAGAGCUCUUCACCUCCUCGGUGGAAAUAUGACGUCUUUUUGAGUUUUAGAGGUGAGGAUACUCGAAAGGGUUUUACAGACCAUCUAUACACUGCAUUGGAUGAUAAAGGAAUCACAACUUUCAGGGAUUAUCCUGAACUUGAAAAAGGGGAAGCUAUUACUCUAGCACUUUUUGCUGCAAUUAAAGAAUCAAGAUUUGCUCUCAUUGUUCUCUCACAAAAUUAUGCAUCGUUGACAUGGUGCUUGGAGGAACUUGUGAAAAUUCUUGAAUGCAUGAAAGCAAGAGGAACUGUGCUGCCAAUUUUCUAUGAUGUUGAUCCCUCUGAUGUACGAAAGCAAACAGAGAGUUAUAGAGAAGCCUUUGCUAAUCAUGAAGAAAGGUUUAGGAAUGACGAAGAGAAAGUGCAAAGGUGGAGAUAUGCUCUAACAGAAGUGGCAAGUUUCUCUGGGUGGAAUUCAAAGGAAUGGUAUGAAUCAAAGCUCAUUAGAGAUAUUGUUGAAGAUAUAUGUAAAAGAUUGCAACCUACAUCAUACAGUUAUGCAGAAAAUCUAGUUGGAAUUUACUCAAGAUUGCAUCCAGUUAAUUUGCUUUUAGACGUACGGGUGGAUGAUGUCCGCUUCAUUGGGAUAUGGGGAAUGGGCGGGAUUGGUAAGACAACUAUGGUAAGAGCGGUGUAUGAGAGAAUCUCUCAUGAAUUUGAAGUUAGCUUCCUUCUUACUGAUGUUAGAGACUCUGUUCAAAGAAGUGGUCUCCUAAAUCUACAAAAGCAACUUCUCUCUGGGAUUUGGACAAAAAUGGCUGACAUUUUAGACCUCCAUGAAGGAGCCGCCAUAAUGAGGAGGUUGUUAUGUCACAAAAAGGUUCUUCUGAUUCUUGAUGAUGUGAACCAUUCAAGCCAUUUGAAAUAUUUGGCAGGAAGUAAAGAGUGGUUUGGUUCAGGGAGUAGAGUUCUCAUCACAACUAGAAAUGAGCAUUUGUUGAUCGAACAUGAAGUAGAGAGAAGAUUGAAGGUUGAGGAAUUUAAUGAUGAGGAUUCUCUUAUUCUUUUCAGCCGGAAAGCAUUCAAAAAAGGUUACCCUGAAGAAGAUUUUCUUGAUUCUUCUAAAUCUAUCAUAAAUUAUGCCAAAGGUCUCCCUUUAGCUCUUGAAGUAUUGGGCUCUUUUUUGUAUGGAAGAGAUCUCAGUGAGUGGAACAGUGCAUUGAGAAAACUAGGAAGAGUGUGUAACUUGGAAAUUUUUGACAUACUUAAAACAAGUUACGAUGGUCUAGAUGAUGAAGAGAAGACAAUCUUCCUAGACAUUUCAUGCUUUUUUUGCAGAAAGAAAAAAGAUCGAGUAACAGAAAUACUGAUCAGAUGCGAUGUUUAUGCAAUUAUUGGAAUAAAAUUUCUUACCGAAAGAUCUCUCUUGACUGUUUCACAUGGAAGACUACGGAUGCACGAUUUGCUCCAAGAAAUGGGUCGGGAAAUUGUCCGUCGGGAAUCUACUAAUGAGCCAGGCAUGUGCAGCCAGUUAUGGCUUCCAGAAGAUGUCAAACAAGUCUUGACCAAAAAUACUGGAACAGAAGCAAUAGAAGGCAUUGUUCUGGACUCAAUUGAGGCUGGAGUAAAGAUGGAUGUGAAUGCUAAAUCCUUUUCAAUGAUGAAUAGAUUGAGAUAUCUUGUCAUUAAGAAUGUGAACCUAUCGAAUGGGCUUGAAUGUCUUCCUAAUAGUAUACGGAUUCUUAAAUUGACUGGGUAUCCCUCGAAAUCUCUCUCAUCACAUUUCAACCCUGAAAAGCUACUAGAACUUAACAUGUGCAGUAGUGGCAUUGAACAUUUUCCGUUGGAAAUAGUGCCUUUAUACAAUUUGAAAACCCUUAAACUCAGCAACUCAUUGAAUCUUAUCAACACCCCAAACUUUAAAGGUAUGCCACAUCUUGAGCUUCUGUUUCUAGAAGGUUGUACAAGACUGUAUGACGUUGACCCAGGAAUUGAAGUGCUUGACAAACUUACGAUGCUGAACUUAGAAGAUUUCAAGAAUCUAGUGCAUUUUGCAAGCAGUGUACGUGGCUUAAAAUCUCUCAAAGUUCUUAAUCUUUCUGGUUGCUCAAAGCUUAAAAAACUACCGGAUGACGUGGGUCAUUUAGAAAGGUUGGAGGAGCUUCAUGUGAAUGGCACCGGCAUAAGAGAACUACCUUCCUCUAUUGGAAUGCUUGGAAGACUUUCUCUGCUGAAAAUGGAAGAUUGUAAACUUCCUGUGUGUCUUCCGAGCAGUGUAGGUGGCUUAAAAUGUCUCAGAGAUCUCAAUCUCUCUGGUUGCUCAAAGCUUGAUGAAUUGCCAAAUGAGUUGGGUCAUCUUGCUUGUUUGGAGAAGCUUGAUGCGAGUGGAACUUCUGUACGAGAAGUCGAGAACUACCUUGGCCUAUUGGCAUGCUUGAAAGACUUGUUUCUAUGUCCUUGA